UGUUGACAGCAGGCUUGUCCUCCGGGACUGAAGCCCCUCCUCCUCUUUACUCACUCGGCUGACUCCUCACUCACACAUUUGCCGUCAGCCGUCUGCGGGACUCGGCUCGGAUUUAAGCGCUCCUAUCCCUGAAAAGCAGUUUUUAAUCGUUUCUUUUCCGCCAUGGACCACAAAGCGUGAGCGCAACACAAGUUUCUUGUUGUUAUCAACAUGAAUAAAUCCACAAUAAAGCAGCAUCCAAAGUGGCUGAAGGACUGAAGCAGGCUGCCCCUGCUCUCCCUCCGGCACACGUAGUUUGGAAGUUAUGGCCAAGUGGCUGAAAGACUACCUGAGUUUUGGCAGCAGGAAGGUUCCUCCUACGCCGCCCACACCGGACUACACAGAGAGCGAGAUCCUUAAAGCGUACAGACUCCAGAGGGAUCUGGAUUUUGAAGAUCCAUAUGAAGACGCAGAGAACAGGACCAGGUGUGAGUCUGGGACUUCAGACCCUGUGACCCCUAUCUAUGGGUCUCCCAUGAAGACCUCAUCAUUGGAUAUGAAGUCUCCCAAACACAGACUGAUCAAAGUGGAAUCACAAGAAUUGGGGCGCACCAAGAUUCUCCUGAGUGCAAUCUCCUUAGAGGACCCACAAGAACCAGUGGUGCCAUCUGCCCCGCUGGCAGGGGACACAGAUUAUUCGGACCCCUUUGACGCUCGCCUGGAACAUCGUCAAGAGCCUGAUUUGGGUUAUGUUCCGUCAGAGAACAAUGGCUACAUGGAGCCAUAUGAGGCCCAGAGAGUCAUUACAGAGCUGCAGAGAGGCCCAGGAAGUGGGAGAACGCAAGCAGCGGUGCAAUUGUACGACACUCCGUACGAAGAUGAAAGAGGCCGACGCUUGGGCUUUUUGUACGGAGAUCCUCAGGAGGAAGGGAAGGAGAGCAGCAGGUUGCCACAAGAUGAUGAGAGACCAGCUGAUGAGUAUGACCAACCCUGGGAAUGGAAGAAAGACCACAUCUCCAAAGCUUUUGCCGAAAUGAGAGACAUGCCGGAGUUGCCCUGGCCCGCCCCGGUGGGUCAGCUGGAGGAGGAGCCCCCAGUCAGAGAGCAAGUGCAGUUUGAUGCCACAGAAUGGGAUCGGUCUUCGUCACCUACAGAGAGACUCCGCCCCCUGUGUUCCAGGUCCAGCCCACUGGCAGGAGGUGGGAUGAAGUAUCGAAUGCAGCAUGAUGCGACGAACAUUGUGGGAGAGAGAGUGGACGCCUCGCUGCCUCUGGAAAACCAAGUGUGGUACCAUGGCGCCUUGUCCCGUUCAGAUGCAGAGUCUCUGCUCACGUUGUGUAAGGAGUGUAGUUACCUGGUGAGGAGCAGCCAGAACAACCGCUCCAACUACUCUUUAUCACUACGGAGCUGCCAAGGCUUCAUGCACAUGAAGUUCACACAGUGCAAGGAUGGCAAGUACGUGCUGGGACAGAACAGCCCGCCCUUUGACACCAUCCCAGAGGUCAUCCACUUCUACACCACCCACAAGCUUCCAAUCAGAGGAGCCGAGCACUUGUCCCUGCUCUUCCCGGUGCUGGUGCAGACACUCUGAAUAAACCAAAAACUUGAUUUGGACCUCGACAGCAUCACAGUGGACAGACACUUGAAUGUUUCCGCAGGUGCGAGCCACCGAUACCCCCUUCUUGUUUUUUUCAUUUCACAUCAACAGGAACUUUUACAACGAUGCAAUAAUCUCUUCUUCCAUGCCAAGGAGGUUUUCUGUAUCAGGACUGUCUGGACUCAGCAGCAAUUGGUUUAACUCCUCAGCAACACUGGCUCCUGGUGUGGGUGAAAACCUUUAAAGGUUCUAUUUUGGUGACUCAUAUUUUCCAUCUUUGUACCGGAGUGUGUAGAUGCAAUUGUAUUGUGAAGAAAUUUGUCUUUAGAGAACAAUAUUUUGGAUCAGUUGAGUAACAAGCUUUGUGCUGCUUGAUAAUCGUAACUCAUAAACAUAAGUUGUAUCAGUGUUUGUGAUGAGUUUGCUUGUGUGUGCAUCGAUGGACCAGUUUGUAGAAGUCAAUGCUGCCGACGUCUGUCCACUGACUCUGAGAACUCAGCAACCUCGAUUUGUGUGAAUUUUGUCACAUUGAAAAUAAAUAUUUGUGUGCAGCUUGUGGACUUUUUCUGAUCCACCCCUCAAUUGAACUUGUGUGGCAAAAAAUGGAGUAAGGAAUACAAAUGUAUUUAUAUAGCAGCAGGCUCUCGUAGCUACUGUGCUUGGCUGAGAUGACAAUGAGUGAUGAACAGUAGAAGGUAAAAGGAAAAAGACACCCAAUGUGAUGUUGAUGAUCAAGUAGGGCUGGGUGAUGAAUUAAAAAUAAACUGCGUAUGACUUUGAGAGCUUCUUUCCUACGUGAAACUGCUGCCUUUUUUUAUUUUCCUCCUCCAUGAUUCUCUCACUAGUUUCACACAGCGCUUUAUCGCUAUUGACUGCCAUCAGAGUAGCCAAUCGAAAACACGUUUAAUAUUUGAGGCAGUAAACUUUCAUUUUCCGCGCAUACUAGUAGCCAUGAGCAGCACUGUUCUGAGACUAAGCUGCUCAGUCUCACUCCUCUGAGGAUGUAGGCACUGGACCUUCAGAGUAAAACACCCAGCAGCAAAACUGCAAGCAAAGAUUUGACAUCAUGCACUUUUUACGAUUCUCCGACAUGUCUUGUCUUUAUUUUGAAGUGAGAAACUGACUUCUAAUUUUAGUGACGUUUUAGGAUGUGAAGCAGCUAUUUUUGUGGUUAAAAAAAUGUGCUUUUGGUCAAAUCAGCUGAAAUAUUCUAGCAGGACAAGCAUGUUUAGUUCUUUGUUGCCAAACUAUUGAGUCUGGAAAUGAAAUGCAGAAGACUGCUCUUCCAUAUUUCCUCAAUGUUGCAGCGAAGCCCACCUGUCAGUAGUGAUACAAAGGGUCUAGUGCUCAGUGAAAAUUAAGUUUUAAAUUGUCAUAUUUUCUACAUGUAAUAGCUGUCAUUUACAUUGAGUGAAGGAGCUCAUGACAUCACUCUCUCUUCAUGGAGCAGUUGUUUCUACCGAGAUGAAGAUGUAGCGGUGGAUAUUGAAGUUAUGUCAACAUAAAUAUCAUGCUACUGUCGUCUUGAGUCGAGCCAAGCAGAGACAGCAGGGAGAGAGUGAAUGCUGAAGAUUUGAAUAAACAAGUUGUUUUUCUGGUA